AUGCGGUUCUCAUAUCUCCGUGCGGUCCUGAUCUGCCGUGUGCUGCUCGACAAGGCUGACCACGCAUCAGGCCUGGGCCCAACAAAGACCAUCGCACUCGAUUCGCCGCAAGAGGUCAACGAGCCCAAGCAUCUACUGAGAUCACCCGCUUCCGCUGACGAUCAAGAGGCGAGGGCGUUUCGUUUAAGAAUUGGACUGCCAGAAGGUGGUGUCAGUGAAGCAGAAACCAUUGAGACGGCAAUAGACGCUCUAUUGCUGUUGGGUGUUCGCCUCACUGAGCAUGAUGGUCGUGACACUGUCUUUAGAGGAUUAUAUUAUGAUCUUUUUGAAUUGAAAACGCCUGGCGCGUCGGAUGCGGACAUGAUCGAGAAGCUGCGUAAACUACUAGCUUCGAAGAACUUGCUGGACAGGGCAGUCCUUCUUCAACUGGCGCGUGAAAAAAUAUGGAUGCCAAAAGCGGUGAUUGAAACGGUCGAAAGCGAGUUCUUCACUCUUAUCCAAGCUGAAAAAGAGAGAGCGGCGUUCGUGUAUGAAAACCAGGUGAAAGUGUUGAAGGAAAAAGGAAUGUUUGAUUGCGCCAGAUACCUCGAGGCCCACAAAGAUGUUUACGACGCGUGGAAGAAGGCUAAGGAAACGGCAGAUAAGACCCACUGA